UACAGUCCCAGGCUAAUUCCCGCGCUGUACGGGGGCUGCUCUGUCCGCAGCAGCAGCCUCACCCCCAGCGUGGGGCUCACAAUUAAAAAGAGGAAAAAAAAUGAAAGAAAAGCUACUUUUCUCUGUUCUGCUUUGAAGGGAAAAAGGAUUACCAAGGCUAAAUAAGCCAUCUGAGUACUUAGCUAGCAAGCCUAAAUAGCACCCUGAUAGGAAGUUCUGGCAGAGAGCUAAUUAAAUUAACUCACUUUGAUUUAUUAACAAGCAGAGCAACAUCUCACACAGGAUUGUCCCACGAAAUGAAUGUGCUUUCUGAUUCCUUCAGCUGCUUCAGCGCAGUCACCUCCCAGAAAACCCGGUUAUGGGGACUCAAGUUUAAUGAGACUCAAUGGCUCGAGAAGGAUCCCUGCCCACCAACAGAGAUACGCACUGACCUGAUCCACCAGCAAGUGUAAAUCAGGAAAACAUUGCUGUCUCUAAAUGGAGUUAUUCCAAGUGACACCAGACCUGAGACCUGACCUCUCCUAUUUUCAAUGAUGGGAAAAAUGUUAUUUGUGUGCUGGGACCCUUGUGAAGUAGCAGAAUAUAAAAUUUAGAAAACUUCAGAGCAGUGAAAAUCCAAAUUGAAGCCUGUGAAAGCACAGACGAGAAUCUAUUUAUGUAGCAAGCUCUACUUCUGCUUAACCCCUGCAAGGAACUGUAACUCUCUUUGCACAUUCGAAUUUUCUCCCUCAGUAAAAUAUAGUCUGCUUAACCUAUUUUUGCUACUUUCUCACAGUUUCACUGGAGGGGUUCUUCCCUACGCCUUACAUGUAGCUUUGCUAUCCGAGCACUCCUUUGUUAAAUUAAGGCAAUUAAUAAAUGGAGAUGUUAAGCAAUCAAUUUGCCUGCAUAUCUCCACAGCCUUACGUAUGACUGGCUGUAAUCACAAGAUAAAUGCAAUGCGCUGAUGUAUGGUAAUGUUCAAUAAUACAUUCUCCACCAGGCUCUAUUCAUCAGGGAGUUUCUGGAGGGGAGGCAUUUGUUAUUGGCUGUCUCCGGACCUCAAGGAUAACAUUUCUGUCCUUUCCAUUGGCCGCCCCGCUGCUGCAAGCCUCUUCCCGUCUUAUUUUGAUGAUGAAUAUGAAGGCAUGCUAAGCUGUGCCGGAGAGUAGCUCUCGCCGACUACACUCCCACCCCGGGCUCAAGGACUCCAGAGCUCCGCGGCUGCUUCCCCUGCCCACUGCCAGCAGCAGCAGCGGCAACAGAAGCAGCAGCAGCAGCAGCAGCAACGCCAAAAGUUGUGAUGCUUUUCUUCACCCAGUGCUUUGGGGCUGUGUUAGAUCUUAUUCACCUGCGGUUUCAGCACUACAAGGCAAAGAGGGUUUUCUCAGCUGCCGGGCAACUUGUCUGCGUCGUCAACCCAACACACAGCCUCAAGUAUGCACCGACCCGCUGUGCAGCUGCGCAGGUGUCCACGGAGCAAGGCAUCCUUCCUCCCUGCCAUCACCACGAAGCAGUGCACGACCCCCAGCUGGUUCCCUGCACGUGCCCGCUCUUCUCCUGCCAGUGGGAAGGGCACCUGGAGGUGGUGGUGUCCCACUUGAGGCAGACCCACCGCAUCAACAUCCUUCAGGGCGCAGAGAUUGUCUUCCUGGCCACAGACAUGCACCUGCCCGCACCCACGGACUGGAUCAUCAUGCACUCUUGCCUUGGCCACCAGUUUCUGCUGGUCCUCAGGAAGCAGGAGAAGUACGAGGGCCACCCCCAGUUCUUCGCCACGAUGAUGCUGAUCGGCACACCCACCCAAGCCGACAACUUCACCUACCGGCUGGAGCUCAACAGGAAUCAGAGGCGCCUCAAGUGGGAGGCGACCCCCAGGUCGAUACUGGAGUGUGUUGACUCUGUCAUUUCAGAUGGGGAUUGCCUUGUGCUGAACACUUCCCUGGCUCAACUCUUUUCUGACAACGGAAGCCUAGCAAUAGGAAUUGCAAUAACCACCAGCAAAGCGCACAGCUCUGAAGCUGAAAUGUGAGGGGGAGGAGGAAGAGGAGGAGGAACAACAGCAACAACAAUGGUGCUCUAGCUGCCUUCUGAGAGCCAGAACUCAUGGACUUUUUGGGGGGGGUCUCAGGUCUUUUAUGGUAUUUAGUACUCGUCCACAGUGGGCAUUAUGUAAACAUCCCGUGGUUACGGUCCCUGUGUCAUGUAUUUACUGUUUUGCUAAUACAAUUUUAUGAGAAAUUUUAAA